AUGAUCGACCCAAAUACACAGACCUGUAUUAUAGUCAUAGCUCUUGAGGCCAUCAGUGGCUUAUGUUCUAAUUCUUUUAACAUAUUCUCCCUCAUUCUUACCAGCAUCAAGGAGAGACAUUUGGCAUCCUGUGACUGUAUCCUGAUAUCGCUCAGUGUAUCCAAUGUGUGCUGCACCAUUAUCACAUCUACAAACUUGCUGAUUAGCUAUGUUUGGCCGUCAUUGCUCAGGACCUCCAAUGCAUUUUAUAUCCUCUAUUACAUGACCUUAUGUGGAAUGACCUCCAGCUCUUGGCUUACCGCCAGCUUGUGCUUCUUCUACUUUAUAAAAAUCCAACAAUUUCAGCCCGGAAUCCUUGCCUGGGUGAAGAUGAAGAUUGAUAAAAUAGUCCCUUGGCUGAUAGUAACUGCAGUGUUCCUCUCUGUGUCUGGUGGGUUCUUAUCAUUACUUGUUUCUGGUCAAGAAUUGCCUAAAAACUCGACCAAGUACGUCUUCGAUGUGAACUUUGAGCAAACGGAGAUACUGUUUCGUACAUCCCUCAUAAUGCACUCUUUGGCUUUCCUGGUUGGGAUAAUGUCAACGUUUUCCAGUGUGUGGUUCCUAAAGGUGCAGAGAAGUGCUGGGACAUUCGGCUCCACCAAGGUUAGAGAUUAUCAGAGCGCUGUGCAGACUAUGGUCCGUCUGGUCAUCCUCUAUGCAGUCAUUUACCUGGUGUUGAUCAUUCAUGGGAUGGAAAUAUUCCCUAAUAUGAGUUGGGGGUACUGGGUGUGCAUGAUAAUCCUCUUCUCUUUUGCUUUAGUCCAGUCCGUUCUUUUGAUGAUUGGCAAUCCCAAACUCCGAGAAGCCUGGAGACAGUUAUUCACUCUUAGAUACAUUCCGCAUCAGUAG